AGAUAUGUCACCCACAUGGGGAUCCUCGGGACCCAAAGGGUUAAGUCUGCCGGGAAAGUUUCGUCUGUGGGCGUGUCCGAGCGCCGGUCACUGCAAAUAGUGCGCAUGCGGCUGCAGACGGCGGUUCGGGGGCGCAGACGGAGGCGCUGCUUACGGAGCUCCGCCUCAGUCAUGUCGCGGCUGCUGAAGCUCGUCGGGUUCCUGGCUGCGGGUCGAGGAGCCGCGCGGCGGAUCCCCGUCAGGUCGGUCUGCUGCAGCUCCAGGAGGCGCGCGCAGGACAGGGAGGCCUCCUCCUCUUUAGGAAAAAGAUGGAAGGACACUGCAGACACUGUCAUCAUCGGUGGGGGGUGCGUGGGGGUCAGCCUGGCUUACCACCUGGCCAAAAGCGGCCUGAAGGAUGUGGUGCUGCUGGAGAAGUCCGAGCUGACGGCUGGAUCCACCUGGCACGCCGCCGGUCUGACGACGUACUACCAUCCGGGCAUCAACUUGAAGAAAGUCCACUAUGACAGCAUCAAACUGUACGAGACCCUGGAGGAGGAAACUGGACAGGCCAUAGGUUUCCACCAGCCCGGCAGCGUCCGCAUCGCCUCGACUGCAGCUCGUGUGGAUGAGAUGAAGUACCAGAUGACUCGCGCACACUGGCAUGUGACACCUCAGUACUUCAUAACUCCAGAGAAAGUCCAGGAACUUUUCCCUCUGCUGAACAUGGACAAGGUGUUGGCCGGGCUGUACACCCCUGGAGACGGUCACAUUGACCCUUAUUCUCUCACCAUGGCUUUGGCAGCAGGAGCUCGCAUGUAUGGCGCCCAGAUUUACAAUCCCGCUCCGGUGCGCGCCCUCACUCCGAGAUCUGACGGCAAAUGGGAUGUACAGACUCCUCAUGGGACCAUUCAGGCAAACCGCAUCGUCAAUACAGCAGGCUUUUGGGCUCGGGAAGUUGGACAAAUGAUUGGGUUUGAUCAUCCCACCAUCCCUGUGCAUCACCAGUAUGUUGUGACAGCAACUGUACCAGAGGUGAAGGCUCUGAAAAAGGAGCUUGCUGUCAUCAGAGACCUGGAAGGCUCCUACUAUCUGCGCCAGGAGAGAGACGGUUUGCUUUUCGGCCCAUAUGAGAAGAUGGAGAAGAUGGUGCUACAGGACUCCUGGGUCAGAGAUGGGGUGCCUCCAGGCUUUGGAAAAGAGCUGUUUGAGUCAGACUUGGACCGAAUAAUGGAACACAUCGAAAUGGCCAUGGAAAUGGUACCAGUGCUGAAGAAAGCCAACAUCAUUAAUGUUGUUUCUGGGCCGAUAACGUACACCCCCGACCUGCUGCCCAUGGUUGGACCACACCAGGGGGUCCCCAACUACUGGACUGCUAUUGGCUUUGGGUAUGGAGUCAUUCAUGCUGGUGGCAUCGGUAAAUUUCUAAGUGACUGGAUCAGGAAUGGAGAGCCUCCCUACGACCUGAUUGAGUGUGACCCCAACCGCUAUGGCAAGUGGACGGAUGUUCCCUUCAUGUGUGCCAAAGCAAGAGAAUCUUACGGCUUCAACAACGUGGUUGGUUAUCCCAAGGAGGAACGUUUUGCUGGACGCCCAACUUCCAGAAGAAGUGGUGUCUAUGACCUCCUGAAGGACAAAGGGUCCAUGGGCUUCCAUGCCGGCUGGGAGCAACCUCAUUGGUUCUACAAACCUGGAGAUGACAUUGGAUACAAACCCAGUUUCUGCCGCACCAACUGGUUUGGACCGGUUGGCAGAGAGUGCAAACUGGUGAUGGAGAAGGUGGGAGUGAUCGAUCUCACGCCUUUUGGUAAGUUCAUCGUAAAGGGGAAGGACUCGCUCAAGCUGUUAGAUCGCCUGUUUGCCAACACCAUGCCGAAGGUCGGCCAUACAAACAUCAGCCACAUGCUGACUCCUUCUGGGAAGGUCUACGCCGAGGUCACCAUCACUCAGCUGACUCCCGGGGAGUUCCUGCUCAUCACAGGAUCGGGCUCGGAGCUUCAUGACCUCAGGUGGAUUGAAGCAGAAGCAGAACGUGGAUACGACGUGGAGAUCAGUAACGUCACAGACCAGAUCGGCGUGUUGGGCAUCGCAGGACCAAACUCCAGGAGCGUUUUACAAAAGCUGACGGACGAGGAUUUAAGCGACUCCGCGUUUAAAUUCCUGCAAUGCAAGACCGUCCAGCUGGCUGGUGUUCCUGUGCGAGCCAUCAGGAUCUCCUACACCGGUGAGCUUGGCUGGGAGUUGUACAUGGAGCAGGAGAACAUGGUGGCAGUGUAUCGGGCCAUGAUGGAGGCCGGAAAGGAUCAGGGCAUUGACAACUUUGGCACCUACGCCAUGGCCUCACUCCGACUGGAGAAGGGCUUCAGAGGCUGGGGGGCCGAGAUGAACUGUGACACCAAUCCUCUGGAGGCCGGUCUGGAUUACUUCAUCAAGCUGAACAAGCCCGCCGACUUCAUCGGCAAAAAAGCGCUUAAAGAAAUCAAAGCCAAGGGGCUAAAGAGGAAGCUGUCCUAUCUGGCCGUCCAAACAGAUGAGAUAGACCCUGAAGGCAACGAGACUAUCUGGCACAACGGCAAGGUGGUCGGUAACACAACGUCAGGAGCGUACAGCUACAGCAGCCAGCAGAGCCUGGCCUUCGGCUACCUGCCCGUGGAGCUGAACUCUGUGGGUCAGACGGUGGAGGUGGAGCUGCUGGGGAAAAAAUACCCGGCUACGGUCAUCCAGGAGCCGCUGGUCCUCACCGAGCCCACGAGGACUCGACUGCAGAAAAAAGCAAAUACAAAAGCAUAAAAAGUGAAUCCUUCUGUGAGUCUGGACUGGAAACAUGACCAUGCUCUACACAUCCUUUACAGUGAGCAGUUAGGGGGCCAGUUUUGUUUUUCUUUCUUUCUUUUGUGACCUCAGAAGAAGAAAGUCGUAUGGUGGAAAUGCCAUUAAAGAGUUUUUAUUGUGUUUCACAGGCAACUUGUGUUUUGCCUGUUCCAAAGUCUUACAAUGUUAAAGGAAAAAGUACUUUUCAUAAUUUAAUAAAUGGAUUUUAAAUGUUUACAGGUCAAUUUUGCUCCUGUCUCACUUGAAAAGUAAUCUUAAAAUCAAAUAGUGCUGUUGUACAAGUUUGUUAUACAAAGACGUUUGUUUUUCCAUAAUAAACGCUGUUUUGUGUUUAUUUCAA